AUGACACGAGGGAAUUCAGAGAUUGGUAUCAGGGUGUGGAACUCAAUUUCUGGGUUGGGUGUUGUCAGUUCUAAGAAGAACUCUGAUGUUGUUAACAUAAUUAAUGCUUUAGAACUAAGAGAUAAGGAGGGAGUCACAGAGACUAAGAUUUCUGCUUUUGACGAGUCCUUUGCGCGUGAUUUUUGGGGCUCUAAGGACGUCGAGUGGACUGCUUGUAAUUCUAUUGGAGCGGUGGGGGGCGGAGAGGCUUAUAACAUGAAAUUCUAUUAUCUCCUUAAAAAGAUUCAGAGGGGGGAGGAAUGGUGUGUAGUGGGCGAUUUCAACGAAGUUUUGUGGAAGGAAGAAAUAGUUGGGGAGGGAGUCCCUAGGUUUACUAAAGGUAUGGAGGAGUUUAGAUGUUUUGUGAAUCAAAUGGAGUUGAUCGACUUAAAUUGUGUUGGAGGUAAAUUAACGUGGUUUAAAGAUAAUGGUAAAGCUCUUAGUAGAAUAGAUAGAUUUCUUCUAUCUAAAAAGUUUAUUGAGGAGUGGGAGGUUGGUGAACAAAUGAUUGAUAAAAGAGACUUUUCAGACCAUUCUCCUAUUUGGUUAGGUGUGGGAAAGCUUGAUUGGGGCCCAAAACCGUUUAGGUUUAAUAAUGCGUGGUUUAAACAUGAAGGUUUCAAGGCAUUUGUGGAGGUGGAAUGGAAGAAGUUGAUUGUAACGGGAAGGGGCGAUUUUGUGCUUUAUGAGAAAUUGAAGAGCUUUAAAGAGAAACUCAAAGGGUGGAAGAAGGAGGUUUUUGGGUGGGUUGACCUUAAGAUGGAGGAGGCAAGGGAUAAUAUUAACAUGUUGGAUAUGGUGAUAGAGGAUAAUAUGGGUGGCAACAAUGAAGUACCGGUUCAAGCUAGAAGAAAUGUGUCGGUUGAUCUUUGGAAUGGUAUGCAUUUAAAAGAAUGUAUGCUGAGACUCAAGUCGCGUAAUCUUUGGUUGAAGGAGGGGGAUAGGAACACUAAAUUUUUUCAUAAUUCUUUUAAAGAGAGACAAAGACGUAAUUCUAUCACUUCUUUGGAAGGAGAGGAGGGUAGAGUCAAAGGAGUUGCUAAUAUCAAAGAGGAGAUUCGUGGUUAUUUUCAAAAUUUCUUUAAAGAAGAAGACUUUGCUAGACCGGUUCCGGAAGGCCUUUGUUUUAAGAGGUUGGAGGAAAGUGAAGUGGUUUGGUUGGAGAGAGAUUUUUCUGAAGUUGAGAUCAAGGAGGCGGUUUGGUCUUGUGAUGGUGAUAAAAGUCCCGGUCCGGAUGGAUAUUCGAUGGAUUUCUUUAAGUUAAAUUAG